AGCAUUUAACGGUGUUCCACGAACAAUGACACUUGGGGUGUCUCGGAGCUGAACACCACAGAGGUUGUGUGAUUGCUGUAGAGUACGGAAAGAGACUGUUCAAUAUUGUCGAGGAAACUUGUUCUAAUUCAUGUACAGAGUAGGCAAACGAUUCCCAAAAUGGACAGGUGACAACUACAAGAAACUGUUGUCGAAUAGCUCCGAGUCUGCUUUUUAUCGAAACGUGAAGGGAUUUACCCCAAAAAAACAGGAAAAUACAGCAGGAAGUAAGCAUCCAGGGGAGCUGGCCUGCAAUUUUACUGGAACAAUCAGAGGCUGGAUUCACAAUGUAAUUCUACAAUCAAUCCUGAGGACUGAGGAGAGAAACCUAGCUGCUACAGAUACUCUGAGGCUGGCAAGGGAAGAGAAAUGGAUGUGUUCGGUGGAGCACCCCGGUUCCUGGCCUACCCUCGUCCUGUGGUGGUGCAGAGCGGCACUGAUGCUGUCCUUAAAUGCCAGAUUGGUGGGGAUCCCAGACCAGCAGUUAUAUGGGAGAGAAACAAUGAAAAAAUCAAUCCAGGAGGCAGAUAUCGCGUGUUUGAGGAUGGCAAUGUUUACAACCUCAUCAUCCCUGUGGUGACAGCAGAAGACAGUGGCCAGUACAUAUGCAAAGCUAAAAACUGCAUAGGGGAGACAUAUGCUGCAGCAACAUUGAAAGUUGAAGGCGAAGCUCAAGAGAUGGAGCUGAGAGAAGAGAACAAGCCCCGCUUUCUCAUCAAACCCCUGUCUACACGAGUGGGCAGAGGAGAUGAUGCUGUCUUCUCCUGUAAGCUGUGGGGGAAACCUAGGCCAGAGGUGGUGUGGGAGAAGGAUGGCAAGAAGCUAAAUGAGAUCUUUGAGAGUACACAUUUCAGUGUUGGUUAUCAGGACGGAGGAUGGUUUCAGUUAAAGAUUUUCAAAACCCGGGCACCUGAUGGUGGAGUGUACACAUGCAAAGCCAGAAAUGAGUUUGGUGAAAGUCUGGCUGGAGCCGUGCUGUUGGUGGAUGCUGGCCCUGGCCAUGAAGAUGAAGGAAACCGCAAUGGUUAUACUAAUGGCCACUGGAAGGCACAUCAGGGAAAGCAGAGAAGCAGUAGGCAUGUAGUAACAAGUCUAAAAGAAGGCCCUCUGCCUACUUCAGCCAAAGUAAAAAUGUUUGCUGUGACAGAAGGAAAACAUGCAAAAUUCCGUUGCUAUGUGACAGGAAAACCCAAACCAGAAAUCAUAUGGAGAAAAGAUGGAAGAAUAAUUUUGUCUGGAAGGCGGUAUCUUCUAUAUGAAGACAGAGAGGGAUACUUCACACUUAAAGUACUCUACUGCAAACAGCAGGAUAAUGGAGUAUACGUUUGUGCUGCAUCCAACACUGCAGGACAAACCCUGAGUGCAGUACAUCUUUUUGUUAAAGAACCACCUGUAAGAUUCAAGCAACCACUCAAUGAUCUUGAAGUCUGGGAGCAGGACCUGGCCAUCCUUGAGUGUGAAGUACCAGAGGACUCUGUGCCCAUCACAUGGUAUUUAGAAGACAGGAGGCUACAGCCAGGGGCCAAAUAUGGGAUGGAGGAGUGGGGAACAAAGCGCCGACUCACAAUCCGUGACAUGGGAGUUGAUGAUGAUGGGAUCUACCUCUGUGAAAUGCCAGAUGGAGGAAGAAGCAUAGCUGAGGUAACUGUGAAAGGUACAAUCAUAAGAAAGCUGCCCAGAAAAGUAGAUGUUCUGGAAGGGGAAAAUGCUGCUUUCUGUGUGGAAGUAGAAGAGGAGGAAAUGGACAUUCACUGGUACAAAGAUGGGACAGAGCUGAGGGAGACACAUCAGACCAUCAUCAAAUCAUUUGGCAGAACUCACAUCUUGGUCUUUGUUAAUACUACACCUCAAGAUUCUGGCAUGGUCAUUUUCUACGUUGGUAGAUCAAAGACAUCAUCUCAGCUGAGGGUGAAAGCGGUUAGACAACAUCCACCUAGCUGCCCUGUGGGAGUUCAGAUAAACACAGAGCGUGCAAAUGCAGCGCUCCUGUCCUGGGUUCCAGCACAGGACUGUCGGAAGAAUCCACCUUCAGGCUACAUUCUAGAGAGACAGGAAAUAGGUUCUCAGGAGUGGCUCCAGUGCCUAACCACUGACUCUGCGACAUCAGUGGAAAUUCUUGGUGACAGUGUUCCAUGUGAGGCUGACUACAGAUUCCGCAUCUGUAGUAUCAACAAGUAUGGAAGAAGCGGAUAUGUGGAGUUCCCUCGAGCAGUUCAUCUGGUUCCAGUAGCAAAAAUACAAGCACCUCUACAGGAUGCACUGGUUCCCGAGGGCCAAGAUGCCUGUUUUUCCAUUGAGCUGUCUGCCUCAGUCAUAGGCACUUGGUUUUGGAACGGCAACCAAAUUCAAGAAGAUGAACGUUUUCUCAUUAGACGGUCUCGUACACACCAAUCACUUCGAAUUCGAGGGGUACAAAACACUGACAAUGGAGCUGAAAUCACCUUCAUUGCCUAUGGAAUUCGUGAUUCAGCAGCAUUAUAUAUACAAGCUCCACUGGUUAAAUUCACUCCCCUAUCCGAGAUGGACCGAAAUAAGUUUGUGGAAGUAGGCAAUCCAAUAGUCCUCUACUGUGAGCUUUCAGACCCCAAAGCACCAGUCCGCUGGUAUAAGAAUGGAGUUGAAUUGCACUCAGUUGAAGGUCUUCACAUCCAAUCAGAAGGAACAAUGAGGAGAAUUGUCAUCCAGUCAGCUGAGUUCUCCCAUUCAGGUGUUUACAGCUGUGAUGCCAUUGAUGAUGUCAUCAGGUUUAAUGUGGAAGUUGAAGCCCCACCCGUGAGGUUCAUAGCACUUCCAGAGGUGGACAGAAGCAAGUCUAUUGAAGCUGGCUGUCCAGUUGUACUACAAUGUGAGCUCUCAGAUCCGAGUGCCCAGGUCUUCUGGUACAAAGAUGAAGCAAAGCUCCUCCCACAGAGUGGACUAGACUUCCAGUCUAAUGGAACUAAGAGGGCACUGGUAGUUGAAAAGGCUGAUUUUUUCCAUUCUGGGGUAUACAGCUGCAAGACAAAGGGUGCUGCUGUCCAGUUCAAUGUGGAAAUCAAAGCGCCACCAGUGAGAUUUUCAGCUGGUCUGGAAACUGAGAGGAGAAAGUGCAUUGAAGCAGGAUGCGCCGUUGUUCUGCAGUGCGAGAUAUCAGACUCCACUGGGCAAGUCCACUGGUUCAAGGAUGGGAAGCAAAUUCUUUCGCAGUCCAGUGUAGACAUCCAAUCAGAAGGCUGCAUAAGGAGAUUAAUUAUUGAAUCAGCAGCCCUGUCCGACUCUGGUGUGUACAGGUGCACAACAAAAGAUGACAUCAUUGAGUUUCCAGUCGAGAUCAAAGCUGUGCCAGUGCGGUUCUCAACUGUUCCGGAAGUUGAGAAGAGUAAAUGUAUUGAAGCUGGCAGCUAUUUUGAACUCUGCUGUGAGGUAUCAGAUCCUAUCGCAGACGUUCACUGGUAUAAGGAUGAUACAGAGAUUCUCACAGACACUGGCUGGGACAUACAGGCAGAAGGCACAUUGAGGAUGCUGGUAGUCCAUUCAGCAGAACCCAGCCACUCUGGAAUUUACAGAUGCAACAUGCCUAAUGACUCUGUACAGUUCACUGUGGAUAUCAAAGCUCCACCGGUGAAGUUCUCAGCCUUCCCAGGGGUUGUGAAGAACCAGCUGUUUGAAGCAGACUACCCCACAGAGCUACACUGUGAGAUCUCAGACCCACCAGCUAAGGUGUGUUGCUAUGAAGAUGGAGUAGAGCUCCUCUCUAAAAGUCAACCUCAUUUGAAAAUGGAGGAUACCAGGGGAAAGCUUUCUGUACAGGCAGCACGGCCCUCUGAGUCUGGAUGGCACGAAUCUCUGAGAAAGGAUGAUGUCAUCCAAUUUAAUGUACAAGAUGAAGCUCCACCUUUGAAACUGCCGUAUGUCCCUGAUGGUGAAAAGAGCAAAUGCACUGGAUUAAGCAUCUCUAUUGCACAAGAAUGUAAAAUCCUGGAUUCCACUGAAUAUAAUUACCGAGUAAAAGAUGACGAAGAGAUCCUAUCGCAAGAUGGAAUUGAACCUGACCCUCAAAUUAAGUGGGGGGUGCCUAUAAGAACUUUGAACAUGGAAUCAUCUAAGACACCAGACAAUGGGACAAAUAGAUCUCCUAGGAUGUCAGAUGAUCACACCCAGUUUAAUGUGGACAAAGCCGAGCAGUCUCACUCUGAAGUGUACAAGGGUGAGACCUAUGAUGACACUGUCCAGUGCACUGUGGAUAUGAAAGCUGAAUCCCCAAAGACCAGCAUCAUUAUGGAAAGCUUGGGUGUCACGGACAGUUCUGAGUUUGCAAAGAGAGAGAUCGUUAAGGAAAGCCUGGGUCUCCCCCAGGGAACAGCAAUUCCUGAGUUGGCCAAGAAAGAGGUCAACAAGGAAAGCUUAAGCUUUACAGACAUUCCCAAGCACACAAAGAGCAGGAUCCUUAAGGAAAGCUUGAGCUUCACUGCAGUUCCUGAUUUGGCUGAGACUGAGAGCACUAAAGAAAGCUCAAGCUACACAGAACUUCUUGAAUUUUCAAAGAGCAAGAGCCUUAAGGAAAGCUUGAGCUUCAUAGCGUGUCCUGAUUCAGCCAAGACCGAGAGCACUAAAGAGAGCUUAAGCUUCACAGACGGUUCUAAUGUCUCGAAAAGCAAGAGCCUUAAGGAAAGCUUGAGCUUCACAGCAGUUCCUGAUUUUGCCAUGACCGAGAACACUACUGAGAGCUUAAGCUUCAUAGAUGGUUCUAAUGUCUCGAAAAGCGAGCUCAUUAAGGAGAGCUUGAGCGUCAUAGCAGAUCCUGAUUCGGCCAAGACUGAGAACACUAAAGAAAGCUUAAGCUUCACAGACAGUUCUAAUGUCUCGAAAAGCAAGAGCCAUAAGGAAAGCUCGAGCUUCAUAGCAGAUACUGAUUCGGUCAAGACUGAGAACACUAAAGAAAGCUUAAGCUUCACAGACAGUUCUAAUGUCUCGAAAAGCAAGAGCCACAAGGAAAGCUCGCGCUUCAUAGCGGUUCCUGAUUCAGCAAAGACUGAGAACACUAAAGAAAGCUUAAGCUUCACAGAUGGUUCUGAUUUCGCAAAAAGCGAGAUCAUUAAGGAGAGCUUGAGCUUAACAACAGUUUCUAAGUUGGACAAGACUGAGAUCAAUAAGGAAAGUUUAAGCCUCACAAACUGUCCUGAGUUUACAAUGAGCAACAUCAUUCAGCAAAGCUUGAGUUUCACAGCUGUUCCUGAGGUGUUCGUGAAGGAGAACAUUAAGGAAAGUAGUCUAAAACAAGUUCAGCAUACAAAACUGGAUGCCACUGCCCCAUGCUGCAUCUACAAGGAUGAACUACACCAACCUCAAUGUGUUAAACAGGAAACAGCUGGCAGUUUUCAAGAAGACGACAGACGUUACUUCAAAGUACAAGAAAUUUGCACGGAUGACGAUGUUUUAGCAUUUAAGGUGGAUCGUGAAGUUACAAAGAUGAAUAUCUCACCACAUCAAGACAUGGUGGAUGAGAAGGCCUUUGAAGCAGCCUGUCUCAAAGACUUGGGUGAGGUCACUGAAACGAAGGCCCAAAUCUUUGGGCAUGGAGAUGUUUCAGUUAUCCAGAAACAAGAUGGGAAAAGCAUGAUGUCUAAUCUGACCACAAAGGAACAGUUUGCCAAGUUAUCAAAGAUACCACACAAAGAGGUGCUGACAACUGAGGCAAAGACUCAAUCUGUGAUGUAUCAAGACAAAGUAAAAGCACCUUCACCUAAACCAGUAAAAUUUGCACCACUCCCUGAGACUGGCAGGACUAAGACCAUUGAAAGUGGUAUGCCUCUAGUACUACAGUGUGAAAUAUCAGACCCAGAUGCCCCAGUUUGUUGGUUAAAGGAUGGAAUACAACUCCAAACGAAAAAUGGAUUAGUGAUCCAGUCAGAGGACUGCAUACGAAGGCUAGUUGUUCCGACUGCAGAGCGCUGUCACACAGGGGUGUACAACUGUGAGGCAAUGGAUGAUGUCAUAAAAUUUAAGGUGUAUGUCAAAGCUGCAUGGCUGGAAGGUUCUGCGCUCACUGAGACCGAGAAGAAUGAAAUGACAUCCGAUGAAGCAGACAAUGCAAGUGUCCGACAAAAAGAGCCUAUACAUUCUACAGCUCAGGUCUGCUGGAACAGACAAGAGCGACAACAAAUUCAAGAGUGUCUUACUGUAGUCCAAUCAAAAGAGAUUGGAUCAGAAGGGAUCAAAUCAGCUGAGCUGUCUGACUCCGAAGGAUACAGUUACAAAACAAAGGAUACCAACAUCCUGAGUACUGUGGAUCCACCAGCACCACCAGUGAUGUUCUGCACGGUCACUGAAGCUCAGAGGAACAAAUCUGCAAAAGUCGGAGAGCCGUUUGAAUUGGAGUGUGAGGUCUCGGAUGCUGCUGCAUAUGUACGCUGGUACAAAGAUGGAAAUGAGCUGUCAUCUGAAGCUGGAGUUUUGGUUCAGUCUGAAGGUACAAUAAGAAAACUCUCUGUGCAGUCAGCUGAAUUAUCUCACAGUGGAACAUACACCUGCAAGACAGAGGCUGAUGCAGUCACAUUCAUCGUGGAUAUCGAAGCUUCAUCUACGAGGUUCAAACCACUUUCAGAGAUGGAGAGGAACAGGUCCGUUGAAUUAGACUCUCCAACUGUUCCAAAAUAUGAGAUUUCAGACUCCGAAAGCCAGGUUUGCUGGUAUACAGAUGGCACAGAACUCUUCUCAAACCGUGGACUUAAUAUCCAAACGGAAGGAAAUGUGAGGAAAUUAAUCGUUGAAUCAACUGAGCUUUCUGACACUGGACAUUUCAUCUGUGGCAGUCCUGAUGAUGCUGUGUCAUUCAAGAUGGACAGUCAAGCUACUCCCAUAAGGUUCUCAGCCCUUCCAGAGGUGGCAAGAAACAAGUUAAUUGAAGCUGGCUGCCCCAUUAUACUUCAGUGUGAAAUCUCUGAGUCAGCUGCCCAAGUUUCCUGGUUCAAAGACGGAGUGCCACUCCUUCAAGAGACUGGACUUGACAUCAAAUCAGAGGGCACCAUGAGGGCACUGAUCAUCCAAUCAGCCGAGCUCAAACACUCGGGCAUGUAUAGCUGUGAAGCUGGCGAUGAUCGUAUAGCAUUCAAGGUGGAUGUUGCAGCUUCACCAGUGAUGUUCACAGCUGUCCCUGAGACUGAGAAGACCAAGUCAUUUGAAGCAGGCUCACCUAUCAUUCUCCAGUGCGAGAUAACUGAGCCCACUGCCCUGGUCCAAUGGUACAAGGAUGGGACUCAGCUCUUUCCUCAAUAUGGAGUUUUCUUCCAAUCAGAGCACACCAUGAGGACAUUGGUUAUCCUGUCAGCCACGUUUUCCCACUCUGGGGUUUACAGUUGUAAUACAGCUGAUGAUAUCAGCGAGUUUUAUGUGGACAUUAAAGCACCCCCAGUGACAUUUGUCUACAUCUCAGAGGAAGAGCUGCACAAAAAUGUAGUGGAACAAGAUAGUCUCUUCCUUUGUUGUGAGGUGUCUAGAUCUGAUGCCACUACACAAUGGUACAAAGAUGGAGUUGAGAUACUGACCAGUAGCAAAGUCAUAAUAGAGGCAGAACAGACCACACGGAAACUGAUCAUCCAAUCUGUUAGAAUGUCAGAUGCUGGGACAUACACAUGUCGUGCAGGAGGCAGUGCCUUAAUAUUCAAGGUUAAUGUACGAGAGCCUCCCAUAAUGAUUGUCUAUCCCAAGGAAGAUGUUCAUCUUGAGCGACAUGUUCCAGAGGAAAUUGUUCUCAGCUGUGAGCUUUCACGUCCUAAUGGAAAAGUGACUUGGUUCAAGGAUGGACAUAAACUUCAAGAAAGCGAAAAUAUGAAAUUGAAAACAGAAGGUCCAUACAGGAGACUGAAGAUUCUUCACAGCAGAGUUGAAGACUCAGGAGAGUAUGUCUGUGACACUGCUGAUGACUCAAAAUUCUUCCAUUUAAGCAUAAAAGAACCCCCAGUACGCAUAGUUUCCCCAAGCCAAUCCCAAAUGGAACUUUGCCAGCAAAUGUCAGAAAGGAUGGUGCUGAGUUGCGAAAUUUCCAGAGCCAAUGCUUCUGUGCGCUGGUAUCGAGAUGGGCUCGAGGUAGAAGAGAACAACAACCUAAUUCUUGAAGUCGAUGGCGUUUACAGAAGACUCAUUAUACCAGAGACAACAGUCAGUGAUUCUGCAGAAUAUGUGUGUGACACAGUUGAUGACUCUGUGACAUUCUUCGUUAACAUUGCAGAGCCCCCAGUGCGAUUUAUUCGGCCAAGGAAGACGGCCUACGAAGUUGAAAGAUUUGUUGGAGAAACUGUAGUGCUUGACUGUGAGGUGUCUAGAUCAAAUGCAGAAGUCAGCUGGAAGAAGAAUGGAGAAGAGAUUGAGGAAAACAGUAAUGUAACUAUAACUGAGGAUGGCAGUACUCGACAGUUAACAAUUCAUUCAUCAAGGCUUGAAGACACAGGCCAAUACUUAUGUGAUGCCAAAGAUGAUGUAAUGGAUUUCAGUUUGAAAAUAAAUGAUCCACCACUCAAAUUGAUGCGAAAAAGUGAUACAAUAACAGACAAGUAUUUUGUAGUGUCAGAUGCCAUUGUGCUCAAGUGUGAACUUUCCAGAGCAAAUGGCAUAGUCAGCUGGUACAAGGACAAUAACAGAAUUGUGGUUAACGAUCACUUCACAUUUGAAGAAGAAGGGGCAUUCAGAUCUCUGAUCAUCUUAAAUGCAGAGAUUGAGGACACUGGUGAAUACAUAUGUAAUGCGAAGGACGAUAAGAUUGUCUUUAAUGUCACAGUGCAAGAGGCACCAGUGUCUAUCCUAGGGAACACUAAGACGCCAGAACACUACUCACUCAUUGUUGGAAAUGAGCUGAUCCUUGAAUGUGAGGUGUCUCGAGACAAUGCCAAUGUUCAGUGGUUCUGUAAUGGGAGAGAACUUCAGCCAGAUGCCCGAAUACAUAUUGAACAGAGAGGCACAAUUAGAAAACUUGUGCUCUCAAACCUUCAAAUGUCUGACUCAGGAGAAUACAUAUGUGAUGCCAUUGAUGACAGAAUGUACUUCAUGGUGACAGUUCAAGAGCCGCCAUUCAAGUUCAUCAAAAAAGAAGAGAUAAACAUUGCCGCCUAUGAAGGUGAAAGCGUGACACUGUGUGCUGUGGUUAACAGAGAUAACGGUUCUGUGCAAUGGAGCAAGGGAGGCAAAAAAAUCAGUGAUGAGCAUUUUUAUGCCACGAGUGAUGGACGAACUCACUACCUCACGAUCAACCCCCUUAAAAAAUCAGAUGGUGGAGAAUAUGAGUGUAAUGUGGGCACAGACAAAGCUCAUUUCAGUGUCCAAGUCAAAGCUACGAAGGUAAAAUUUUCCAAGCCGCUGCAAAAUGUAGAAGGGAUCAAGGGUAGUGAUGCUGUUUUGAGAUGUGAACUCCACACAGCCAAAGGAGAUGUCCAGUGGCUAAAAAAUAACCAAGAAAUCACACCAAACCGACAUUUUACAAUACGCGCAGAUGGACAAGAAAGAAGCCUCACAAUACACAACUUAACAGAUGAUGAUGCAGGAGAAUAUACAUGUGAAUCAAAGGAUGAGAAAACAUGUGGAACGGUAGUAGUUAAAACCCCUCGUGUUGUGGAGUUUAUUGCUGAGCUGCACAACAUAACUGUAAUGGAAGGAGAAGAUGCGACAUUUAAGUGUGUAGUGUCCCCAGAAGAUGCAAAGAUGGUCUGGUGUAUGAAUGGUUGGCCCAUUACAUCAAAAGAGAGGUUUAAAAUCUCAAGUAAUGGACUGUGCCACAUGCUGUAUAUCAGAAACUGCCAAGUAUCAGACAGCUGCAAGCUAACAGCUGAAGCAGAAGGAGUGAUAUCCAAAGCUAUCCUACAGGUUCAAGAGAAACAGGUGCUGUUCACAAAGAAAAUGGAGUCAGUGGUGGCGGAGGAGUUUGGAGAGGCAACCCUCGAGGUAGAGCUGAGCCUGGAAUGUGGAGAAGUGCAGUGGAUGAGACAAGGCGUGGUCAUACACCCAGGGCCUAAGUUCACCCUGACGCAAAGUGGCCAAAAACGUAUGCUCACAAUCCACAAACUUGCCCUUUCUGAUCGUGGGACUUACAGCUGUGAAACUCUUCAUGACCGCACACAAGCCGGGCUCAGCGUGAAACCACGGAACAUUAAAAUACGGAAAGGACUGAGUGAGAUCCAAACGUUUGAGCGGGAGACAGCAUCCUUUGAGGUGGAGCUGACACACACCAAUGUGGAAGGCAUGUGGCUGAAGGAUGGAAACCGUCUCAAAGGCAACAACCACUGGCGCAUGACUACCAAAGGCCGUGUGCACAGCCUGACCAUAUCCAAUCUGACACUCGAGGACACGGGAACCUAUACGUUCUCCACCGAAAAUGCAAGGUCAUCUGCCAGACUUGCUGUUAAAGAAACCCCAGUGUCCAUUCUGAAAAAGCUGGAGGAUAGCACUUUCACAGAGGGUACAGGAGCCACCCUGGAGUGUGAGCUGUCCAAAUACAAUGUUACUGUCAAGUGGAUAAAGAAUGGAGAAGAAAUUAAGCCAGGGAAGAAUCAUCGUAUCUACUCCAUGGGAAGGAAGUGCUUCCUGCAGAUCGUGAGAUGUGAGCUUGGAGAUUCAGGCGUAUAUGUGUGUGAUGCCGGAGAUGUCACCACUUCCUGCUCUGUAGAAGUUUACGAGAGAGAACUGGAAGUGUUACACAGUCUGGAAGACCUGGAUAUUCAAGAGGACCAGAAUGCUGUGUUUAUGUGUGAGGUGUCUCUGGAUGACGUACCUGCAGAGUGGUUUAAGAAUGGAGAGAAAAUCAAACCUACUAGCACCAUCAGGAUCCGUCAAGAAGGAACCAAGCACUUCCUUCUUAUGUGCAAUGUUAAGGGAGAGGAUUCAGGAGAAAUCAAGUUUGUUGCCAAGAAUGUCGAGUCUAUAGCUUACCUAGAGGUGGAGAAACUUCCUGUGAAUAUUGUGAAGCCUCUGCAAGACAAAAUGGCUCUGGAAUACACUCGGGUCUUACUGGACUGCACCGUGUCUAACCCGCGUUGCAGCAUUCGCUGGUAUAAAGGCCGUAAUGUGAUCCUGCCCUCAGGACGCUUUGAGAUCUGCAGUGAAGGCUGCUAUCGUAGACUUGUGAUACAGGAGGUCACACUGGACGACGCAGGCAUGUACAGCGUGCAAGUCGGAGAAAACACAUCCUCAGCAAGGCUCACUGUAGAAGCCCAGCCAAUCCUGAUUGUGCAGGAGCUGCGGGAUGUGGAGGUGUCGGCUCCAGAGGAAGCAUGUUUUGUGUGUGAGGUCUCUGUGCCGGUGCUGAAAUCACCUAUAUGGACUCUGAACGGAGAGGUUCUGAAACCUGGACCCAGAGUUCUCCUGGAGAAAAUGGGGACAGUGCACAAGCUCACCCUGAAGCACACGUCAGAGGACAUGAAUGGUGUUGUGGUGUUUGAUUCAGGAAAGGCCAAAAGCACAGCAAACCUGCAUGUUAAAUAAUAAUCCCUGGCUGACUUGGACCCAGCUUCAUUUUGCGAUUUCUGCAGUUGCAAGCAGGGAGUUUUUAGGGGAUUAUAACUUUAAUACUAUUUUUUUUUUUUCUUUUUCUGUUAAAUUCUAUGCUCUGGAUCUGUUAUAUAUUGUGAUUUUUUGUUGUUGUUGUUGUUGUCUGCUCAACUGUUUUUCCUGAAUUGUAAAUGGCAGUAGACUAAAGUUGCAUUGAUGAGAGGAAAAUCCAUCGCUAAUUCAUGAUGAACUACUUGGACAAAAAGAAAAAAAAAAAAAAAAAAAAAGUGGUCACAUCCACCAAUAUCAGUGUCAAACCUGGAUGAAUGUAAUGUAGCAGAAAACGAGAUCAUUAGUUGUUAGCCAGACACUGAAGUUGCCAAGUGUUUUUCAUUUCCAGACAGAACAUAGCGUAAUCUAGGAUGACAUCUGACCGAGUGCUUUCGGCCAAAUCAGUAUGACUUAUCUGCUGAGCAUGAUGAAACACAUUCGAUUUAAAAUAAUCAGAGCUUAGCCCCAAUAAAAGCAUGUUCAAUACACUGGUGGCAUCACUACCCGACAGGAUUGAUACAAUUAUUAAGGCUAAGACAGACAUAAACAAUUAGUUGUCCCCCUAGAGCACGGGAGUGUCGGAGUUGUGUUCUGCUUGGAUAUGACACACAAAAGACGAAGUCAGCGCUGUCCAACAACUGACCAUCUGGUUUUACGCUAAGGUUCAUUAGUCCCGGUGCACAACCUAAUGAGAUAAAGAACGCUGCUAAUCAUUUUGUCUGGGGAGCUAAAAUUAAAAUUGGUUGAGAAGAAAUUGCUUAAUUAUUUUACAUUUAUAUGUACAUUGUCCUUUGUAUAGAUACCUUUUCUAAUUAAAUGUUUGUGGAAUGCGAAUUAAAGGGAUAUUAAGGAGGUACACGUUUACAGAGGUGUGAAAAAGCACAGGGCCAAAACGUUAUCACAUGAAGGCUGAAUAUUGAUCGCUAGUAUAUGGAUAGCAAGUCAGAAAUAUCUACUAAAAUCGAUAUUUUUUUCAGACUGGUAGGAAAACAUGUCAGUGAAAAAACAGAGAAAUGUUUUCAUGAACAGGAUGACCUGUUGCAACAUCCAUAUGUUUUAAACGUUUCUUGUAGUCAGCAGUGGUCCCGUUUCUUUGCUUUACAUAUAACCUUGAAUAAAAUAAUCUUUACUGAUCAAGCUUCUAGUCGUUUUUAACUUCCGUCACGUCUCAUCCGGCUGAACAAAUCAACAAACCCACUUUUUUUUUUUUCCAUCAGUUUCAUUUAUGAUAUAGCUCAUUCAGUACAGUAAAAUACAAUUAAUAAUUACAAAAGUUUCAAGACUAGGUUACAGCCGACUUAAUUUAAACUUGGCUUUCCUAUUUCCAGAUCACAAAAACAAGAAAGAAAAAUAAAAGGAACAUCUCUAGCCAUUAAUGCUGAAUUUGGUUUGACCUACACAAAUUACCAGACAUAUAGAGAUGUGGGACGAAUGUGGUGUUUGUUUAAAUGUAGUAAAGAAGGGGCGGUACAGUAUAACAAAUAAAAAGGCAGAGGGUAUACAUGUUAAAUAAAUGGCUAUAUACACUGUGUUACUCUUGUAGUUGAUCAUAUCAAAAUAGUCAGACAUUUAAAACUCAGAUCAGGAAUUGUCUAAGCUGCUUCGAAAUGAAUUCAGAAGUUUCUAUCAGAGUGAGUAGUAAAAAAAAAAACAAAAAACAAAAAAAAAAA